UAUAGCGAGAGUAAAUCUGCACACAAUCUGAUCCAGCGAUGCAAUUAUUUAAUUACUAGGGGUGUAGCAAACACAAUUUAAAUAGUCUGUGUAUUGGGAGGAGAUCUCUGAUUUCUUACUUGCACUUCUUGUGUUCGAUAGAAAGCUUGAGAGAGAGAGAGAGAGUGAUUUGUUUUCUUUCUCUCUCUUACACACAGACACACAUACAAGAAGAUCAAGAUGAGUGGCAAUUAUUUUGGAGAGCCAAACAUGGGAGGAGGAGGAGGAGGAGGGUCUUCUGGUAGGAAAAGCAAGAAGAGCAGUAAUUCAGAGAAGCCAAAGCAGCCACAAAGAGGGCUUGGAGUAGCACAAUUGGAGAAGAUCAGAUUACAUGGUCAAUUGGGUUGUAACUAUCAAUAUCCCCCUCAUUUCAACCAGGAGGAUGUUAUGAGACUCCAGACUGGUUAUUCAUCAAUACCAUCAUCUUUCUCUUAUGCCACUUCAUCAUCAUCUGCACCUUCUUCAGCCUCCUAUGGCUUCCAACCUAGUAUCAUGAUGGGUGGAGUUGGUGAUUAUGAAAGAGCACCAAUCAGAUAUGAUGAUUCUCAACCCAAUUCUACACCUAGUUGGAAUCGCGGCACCGGCAUCUAUGAACAGCAACAUUUUACACAACCAAGCAUGAGUGCUACCAGGCCCCUUUUAAAUCUACAAGGUUUGCAGCCGAAGAAGAGUAAGAAACAUCUGAGGGACUCAGUUGGCAGCAGUCAGAAUUCAGACUCAAGUGACACUCAAGAACCAGAUUUGGAACUUAGAUUGUCAUUAUAAAUCAGACAAAAAAGCGGGGUUCGCUUAUUUAUGCUUAAUUUCAGUACUUAAUAAGUGAACGGUCAAUCUAAGAUUAUUGAUAGUACUAGUCUUCGCAUAAAAUUGCGAAUUUGAGCGAUGUGAUCAUGGUGAUUAACUAGUUUUUUAAGUUUCAUUUUGGAGGGAUCUUGUGUAAUGAGAGGUAUAUUGACUCUCUUUGCUUAUGAAAAUUAAUUUGAAACUAUAAAAAUUUAAUUUUCUGGCCGCAAAGGAGGAUUAAUACGGUAGUACUAGUUAUACAUAGCCAAACAUCCCUAACUAUCCCUAAUAUACCUGGCUUUCCACAUCAGCCACAUGACUGACAGUUUCAAAACUAAAUAAUAUUUUGAAAUUCAAAAAUUUUCUCUCAUAAAUAUAGUACUUAUCUAGAACCCCUCUUUCUCUCCAAUCACUCUCCAUCUACAUCCUCUCUCUUUCCUACCACUCUCCCGCAACCCCUCUCUCUCUUUAACCACUUUUCAUCUACAAUCCCUCUCUCUCCAACCACUCUCCAUCUGCAAUCUCUUUGUCUUUGUCUUCUGCAGACGACGUCGUAGAUCCGGUGGUGAGGAAGACGACGCCAUAUCUUCAUAGCUUGGUUUGUUUGAGUUGGUGGGUUGCUGCUAUACUUUUUUGGCUUGUUGGCAGCAGUUCUUAUUUGUGAAGGCGGCUUCAGCUACUGCGCCCACUGUUUGGGAUCUUUCAGGGUGUGGGUUUGUUUGUUUGGGGUCUUUCAUGUUGUGACUUUGGUGUUUGGAGUGUUUCAUGUUGUGGGUUUGUUUGUGUUUGGUGCUUAUGUUGUUUUUGCCUCACAACUGGUUGGGGUGCUCUCCUCUUUCUGUGGAUGUUCAAAAC